AUGCCCGACACUCGCAAACGUACAACUUCAAAAAAGGGCGGUAAGGGAAAGGCGUCAGGACAAAAAUCGCUGUUGGAUUUGUUUUCUCCGAAACCUCCUUCUGUGAAGCGCACAGAAUCUGCUUCAAUAAAUGUUGCACGCGAAUUUGAGACCCGUCCCGAGCCAACCCACUCCAGUGACAUCGAGUUACUGGACGCCCCCGACGCGUCUUCAAGUCCAUUGCCCACGGAUGUAGAGUCACUGCAUAGCGAUGGAGUUAUAGAAGUAGUUUCACCCAACGAAGAAGUGUUACUGCUGCCGUCGAGGUCGCAGCCUAACUCGAAAAGUAGCAGGCACCCUCUGCGACCCUCACGCGCACACUCCUUCAACGUCUCCUCACCACAUCAUCCGAUGGCUGAGGGCCACACUCGUGACACUCCCAUUGUCAUUGAUUCCAGUCCCGUCAAGCUCCGUGUUACCGGCCAUCCAUCUUCAAAGCCAGCGUACUCAAUUUUCGCACCCCGAAGACCGACAGUCGCACAAUCUGCGUCCCCGGUUUCGUCACCUCCGCCUAUUGUUCGGAAAACAAGCCGGAGGCUUGAUUGUGACACAUACCCGGACCACCAUUCGCAGCACGUCCGUGGGUCUCAGUCAACGUUUUCUGCGCCUGAGCCUCCGCUCCCACGUUGCACAGCAGUAUCACUACCGAGAGCCCUGUCCUCACCUGGCGCCGGUCGUCAGGACCUCGCACGUUUUACCCGGAUCCAGGUUCCAAUUUCCGAGAGUGUCCACGAGGUCAAGAGUCAAUGUGGUGCUGUGGGUUCAGUAUCGGCCCCCGACAUACAGUUGUCUCCCGCGCCAAACAUUAGACAAUGCAUUGACAGUAUGCCCGCGUCGCAUAAGACAUAUCCAGCAAUACAGCGACUCAUUGACAAAAUAAGUGGCCAAGCUGACCUCAGUGUCGACGUGUCAGAACAUUCGCAGGAACUCUGGAUGGACAAAUGGCGCCCUCAACGAGCAGACGAAGUAAUUGGAAAUGAAGAUUGUGCGUUGUACCUUCGUGAUUGGUUACUCGCCCUCCAACUACGCAUUGAGACCACACCGGCCUACGAUGGGAGCCAAUCCGCGUUGGACAACAAGCGAGCCAGCAAAAAGUCUAAAGCGAGGCACCAGCAGCGAGGUCUCAAGCGUCCGCGUAUCGUACGCCAAGUCGAUAAGCAAGCGAAGCGGCGCAGGCUGAAUCUGGAGGACUCGUGGAUUGUACCAGAUGACGAGUCUGAAGACGACCUCCCGGUGCUGGGUAACGACUUCGACUUCGACUUUGCGUUUUGUCAGCGAACGUUAUCGCGGCUACAACGUGCCUCUGCGGAAUCGGGGGACGAUGCAUCUUGUGAUCUCGCCAGCCCAUACUACGAAGCAGCAGAAGCCGACGGUGUACCGGACUUCUCGUAUUCAGCGCCGCGUCUCGGCAAUCAGAUUCGCAACACGAUCCUUCUGAGCGGGCCGCCUGGAUGCGGUAAGACCGCCGCUGUGUAUGCCUGCGCACAGGAGCUUGGUUGGGACGUCUUCGAGGUGUACCCCGGCAUUGGAGAGCGGAGCGGAGCAGCUCUGAAUAAACUUGUUGGAGAUGCAGGAAAAAAUCAUCUUGUGAAGCAAACUCAGCGUCAGCCAAAAACACAGUUUUUCGCCGGCAAUACGGUAAGUCCACUGGAGCCUGCGAACGGUGCUCAGGAGCAGAAUCGUGGCAGUCAUAGGCGGCUUAAGCGUAUCGACCCCGAGACAGACGUGGACACCGUGGAGAGUACUCAGGACCACAAGACAGAGUCUGGUAUUGACAGUCGCGAAACAGCUUCUACCACCCACGCCUCUUCUGUUUCCCAGUCCAUCAUUCUCAUCGAGGAGGCGGAUGUCUUGUACGAGAGCGACACCAAUUUUUGGCCGGCGUUGAUCAACAUCAUCAAGGAAUGUCGAAGGCCUGUAGUGAUGACCUGUAACGAUGUUUCGUUGAUACCAUGUGGAGACCUGCCAUUGCAGGAAAUCCUCGCGUUUUCACCGUGCCCAGUCCCCCUGGCUACGUCGUAUUUGCAAUGCGUGUGUUUAGCGGAACAUCAACCUCUGGAACGAUCCGUAGUCUCCCGACUGUACGAGCUCGAAGAGGUCACUGCCGAGAACUCCCUUGGUAUCUUUACUCAAUGCGCCAUCCCAAAGUUAGACCUCCGGUGUGCCCUGCAUCGGCUUCAAUUCGCAGGCGGGAGUAGCCGUUACUCAGUCUCGGGUGAAGGAACCCAAAUCCGACGGGACCUCGACAAGGUCGAGAUCCCAAACGAACUGCGUAGAGAAGAUGUACAAAUUCUACGGCGCAUGGAUCAAUAUCAAGGGUCGCUGUCCUUCUCGGAUUGUUAUCUGCGCCGACGAUUUUUGGAUGUACUCACGGACACCAUGCUGGCUGACGCGCGUGUAGCAGACAAUGAGCUGGGCUUCACAACCCUUGCCUAUAGCGAUACGGGACACGAGUCAGCGCUGCCCAUUAAUCAAGCUUUCUACCACCAAGAUGACAUGAUGGCGGAAGAAGCGCUCAUGAGCAGCUGGCACCGCUUGGAAGACAUGUGCAACAUGCGUAUGGAACAGCGAGGGUAUGCGAAGGCCGAGCGGGAGCAUGCCGCCCAGAUAGUUGCUAGCUUGGGGGAGCUGAACGUCCCGGCAGAAGUUCUGAUGAACAGGACGGCCAGCAUCCUGGACUAUGGGCCGUGGGUAAGAUACAUGGUGGGUCACGAUGAUGUAAACGCGGCGGCGUCGAUAUCGUCGCAAGCGACGAAAGAGGGAGGCCGGAAGACGAGAAACAGCCAGAGAUCGCUCGAGGCUUGCCGCUACAUUGGGAUUAGCGAGGCGAGCCAGGAAAUACUGCGACGCACGGCGCUGUGCAUUGGGUAG